UAACCGCGGAUUGGUUAGUUUGAUUACCUAGCUCCCCAUAGACAUAUGACCUCCUUAUCAAUAUAUACAUUUUUAAUAUACAACUUAAAUAGUUCUGUUUAUUGUGCGUGAUAAGUUUACAGUUGUGAAACAAGAAUAAAAUUAUCAGGCAAAUGUACUUCACUUUUAAAAUCCCGUUGAAAUAUUUUUGCGGAAGCUUACUAGCCACUUUUGCUUCUUCGUAGAUUAAACGAAUUUAAGUACAAAGGCAUCAAGCAACCAUUGUCGCUUGAAAAGAUGGAUUUGUUUGGCGAUCUUCCUGAACCCUCUCAAACUGGGGACGUUACUGGGCGACCUCUCCAAGCAAUGGAUGACAGGUCUGACAAAAGGAAACAUGAGGUCUGCCGAGAUGGUGAAUCUGUGGAAGUGGAGAAAAAGAAAUUUUGUAAAGGUUGGGCCAGGCUCAGAGCGCAUGUUGCUGCCCGCCGAGGUGAGAGAGAAGAGAUGCAGGACGCGCACGUUAUCUUGCCUGAUCUCAACACCUCUAUGUCUUCACUUCACCAGGAAGUCUCCCGCCUAGCAUAUUUUGCAGUAUUUGACGGGCAUGGAGGUUCUCGUGCGUCACACUUUGCUGCCGAACAUCUUCAUCACACAUUAGCCUUGAAAUUUCCUAAAGGUGAGGUACAGAACCUGGACAAGCUGGUGAGGAAGUGUUUGGUGGAUGCAUUUAGACAAACAGAUGAAGACUUCCUGAAAAAGGCCUCUAGCCAGAAGCCAGUCUGGAAGGAUGGAACCACAGCAACUUGCAUGCUAGUGGUGAAUGAUGAUGUCUAUGUUGCCAACCUUGGAGAUAGCAGGGCUGUGCUGUGCCGAGAAGAACAGGAAGGGCAGGAUGACAACAAAAAAAUUGUCACUUUGGCACUUAGCAGGGAGCAUAAUCCAACCUGUUAUGAGGAGCGCAUGAGGAUCCAGAGGGCAGGUGGCACUGUCAGGGAUGGGCGUGUUUUCGGUACAUUGGAGGUAUCCCGGUCAAUUGGGGAUGGACAAUAUAAACGAUGUGGUGUGAUCUGCACACCUGACCUCCGACGCUGUCAGCUCUCUCCUAAUGACAAGUUUUUCAUUUUAGCUUGUGAUGGCCUCUUCAAGGUGUUUACGCCAGAACAAGCUGUUACUUUUGUCCUCAGUGUCUUACAGAAUGAUACAGCAGAGUGGAACAGAGACCAAGCUUGGAAGGAAGCAAGCUUUGAGGCAGCAUGCCAGCAACUAGCAAGUGAAGCAGUGCGACGUGGCUGUGCAGACAAUGUUACGGUCAUCCUGGUCUCUAUUGAUUUCUAAAAGAGUAUAGUUUCCCAGCCUGUCCAGACCUCUGACAUUUCCAUUGUCCCGUCCCCAAUUCUACCAAAACAAUAGUGAUGCUUUGGUAUUAUGUGGAAAUAAAUGUGCUUUUUUAUACAUCUUAAACUAAAUAUGUUUACUUGACUUGUUGUCUUGUAAAAACUGUCCACCAUCUGUAAAACAUAACAUUUCUGAUUAAAACAAAGUACAUAAAUCUGUUCA